AUGGAGGAUCAGGCGCAAGGUCAAAUUGAACGUAUUCUUGACCACUCAUUGGACAAUCUUUCCGCCGAGGAUGUUAUGGAGUUGAGACGUACCUCUGAGCGUUCUCCUGUUCUUGACAAGGUCUCCCCUGCGGAGUAUUUGAACUGGCUUGACAAAGUCGGUGAUGAUAUCCGUGGUGCUGAGUAUGAUGCACAGAAUGCAUGUAUUGUCUUGAAAGGAUGCCCAGGCUGGAUGCAUGAAGCUGCAGCUGAUGUGGUCCGUGAAGUCUUCUAUCAAAUACGAGACAGAUUGAGUGCCGCUACUGGCUCGGACUACAUCUUGACCGGCAGUACAGAUUGUCUGUUAGUCGACAAAUAUGACGGAUCUAUAAAGCAAGCAGAUGCAUCUCUCAUGGAAUUCGAAGCUGAAUGGCCAGUUGUGGUUCUCGAGGUUGGCAUUAAUGAGACUACAGAGAAGCUCUGUGGAAAUGCAAAUCGAUGGUUGAAUGGUAGUGAUGGCGAUACCAAACUCGUUAUACUUAUCAAUGUUCAAGAGAUAGGCCAUAAAGCACUUCGCAGACACAUCUUGGAUUGGUACGGAUCUAAGAACAUUCGCCUUCAUGGUAGCUUCGAGCUAUCUGUGGAUUUAUGGUACAGCGAUGGUGUCGGGCAAUGUAUCUUGAACAAGGCUGCCUUCUCACGGGACAAUUUGAUCGACCUGAUGAUAAUCAACGAUGUGCCAAUAGACACCCCAUCUCCGGGCUGUCAGCUGGGGAUCUGGAGAUGGCAUCUAUCCCUGAAAACUGCUUUAUUCGUUCUUUUCUCCCCAGAAUUAAGACUCCCCGGUUUAAAAAGGUUGCUCCUGGCCUAG